AUGAGCAAUCAGGAAGAAGCUCCGAUCUACAUGGCCACAGUGUCUGCUCCUACCAACAUUGCUUGCAUCAAAUACUGGGGAAAGGCCGACAAGCAUUGGAAUACUCCCACGAACGAUUCCGUUUCCGUGACUUUGGAUCAGUCGGAUUUGCGGGCCGUCACCACUGCAGCGGCAUCCUCCAAAUUCACCCAAGAUCGCCUUUGGUUGAAUGGAAUAGAAGAUGAAGGCGCUCCAACAAACAAACGAUUUCGUGCCUGUGUCGACGGUGUUUUGAAACUGGCCAAGAAUCCACAAAAAUGGAAGGGUUGCAAGAUUCACGUUUCUUCGUACAAUACCUUUCCGACUGCUGCUGGAUUGGCUUCGAGUGCAGCAGGCUAUGCAGCACUAGUGGCAGCCAUGAGUGCACUGGUGGAUGCUCAAGAAGAAUUCCCUGGCCAGUUAUCUACACUGGCUCGACAAGGAUCUGGAUCAGCAUGUCGUUCCUUGUAUGGUGGUUUUGUGGCCUGGCGCAAGGGUGGUGAAAAGGAAGAUUGGAGCGAUUCCUUGGCACAGCAAGUUCAAGAUGAGCACCAUUGGCCGGAAUUGCGUGCCUUGAUUUUGGUAGUCAGCGAUGCCAAGAAGGAUACCUCCAGCACAGCUGGCAUGAGUACCAGCGUGGCCACAUCAACGCUAUUGCAACAUCGAAUCGAUAAGGUUGUCCCCGAUCGCAUGAUUGAAAUCGAAAAAGCAUUCUCAGAAAAGGACUUUGAAGCAUUUGGCAAAGUCACGAUGCGGGAUUCCAAUCAAUUUCAUGCCGUGUGUAUGGAUACCUAUCCUCCAAUCUUUUACAUGAAUGACAUUUCACGAAUGGUUGUCCGAAUUGUGCAUGCCUACAAUGCAUGGGCUGGCGAGAUUCGAGCGGCGUAUACCUUUGAUGCUGGUCCAAAUGCUGUAUUGUACACUUUGGAUCAAUAUGUGGUGGAAGUUGGGGCUCUGAUGAAGCACUAUUUUCCUGAAACUGGAGCCGUCAGCGACUACAUAAACAAUGCCGAGUAUAUCGAACAGGUCCAGAAGUUCUCCUUGAGCCCCGAGUUACUGGAAGCAACGGAUAAGACAGGACGGGUGCCUGCUUCAGGAGAUGUCAAACAAUUUUACUACACCAAGAGUGGACCAGGGCCACUGACACUAUCGAUGGAGGAAUCGAAUCUCGACCCAAAAACUGGGCUCAACACAUAUCAACCAUAG